AUGGGGCUUUGCAAGAAAUGCGCUCAGUUGCUGGAGGAUUUUAAUGUCCUUGUGAAAAGAGCGGCGGCUGAUUUCGUGCAGAGAUUCAAAGAAUGUGUCAAAAGAAUCUCUCAGUGCUGCUGCACGAGGACAUCGUCAGCAUCGAAAAAAGCUACUUACCACCAUCCACUGUUACAACCGCACGAGAGACGGGCUGCUCAGAAGUUAACCCAGUGUAUCGAUACGGGUUCUGAAACGGCAUUGCUGAGUAAUGAUUGCCUACGGGCACUCAAAGUGUCAUCAGCUUCGGAAAACAAUGAGCUGCAGCAGUCUGCCGCCGCGUACUACUUACAUCUCAGUCAGCAUAUUACAGCUCCCUUACCUGUCUCUUACUUGGAGCCAUACAGAACUCUGUUCCGAUCUAGCGAUUUGGAGGUGCAGCGGGUCACAUCUCUGUCUUUAGUAAAUCUGCUCAUGGAGGGAAAAAUAAAAAAUGAGUUAGUGAUUGAAAUGGAUUUUCUGGAACCCUUACAAGACAUGCUGCAGUCUGGUGACCCAACCAUACAGUAUAACUCUUGCGCAUGCAUUGCCUUGCUGGCCUCAUCAGAUUCCAACAGAGAGGCUAUUGUGUCCUCUGACUGUGUGUUGCCUUUGCUUGUUCUGGCAAAGUCGCUUGACACUAGAGUCCAGCAAAAUGCGGUUCGCGCCCUUCUCAACCUCACUGAAUCUGAGAAUACAAUGAGGGCCUUGUGUGAAGAAGGGGUCAUUCCUGUUCUUGCAAUAUUGUUGCUGUCCACAGACUCUGAAGUUCAGUUUUACAGCUGUUGCGCUCUGAACAAAAUUGCUGCAGUCCCAAAAUAUCACCCUAGGAUGUUAUGCAUCGGAGACCAUUUCUUGCUGAAAUCGCUCAUAUCGCUCAUGUCCUCCUCUGUUCAGAGGAAUUCAUCUCAAGCCUGCCAGUGCCUCUGGAGCCUCUCAAAGAAUGUUAAUGCCCAGCAGCAGUUGAUGGAUCUGAAUUGUGUGUCUGUGCUUUUGGAGCUGCUGGGCUCUCCAGCCCUCUCCCUGUCUGAGUCAGCUGGGAUGUUGCUCUCAGAGCUGUCUUCAUGCCCCACCAACAGGGAGUCCCUGGUGAACGAGUGCCUUUUGCAGAAUGUAGGAGAGGUGCUCUUCAGGUGUCAGUCUAGCACUGCUGUAAUGAGACAUUGUACCAUUAUUAUAACCAACCUCUGUAGCAUCAGCUCUGGCCAGCAGGCUCUGAUGGACAGUGAUUGUCUGUCUGGCCUGCUAAAGGCCCUAGAAUCUGACUUCAUCACAGAUGAAUCUCUGUUGUGUGUACUGUCCUGUCUCCAUUAUCUAGCUGGCUUGGAUGCACUUAGGUCACAUGUUCAAACAAACAUUACUUCAGGACAUAUUGCAAGUCUUGUCAGGUUGUCCGAUCAAAUGGCAAAUGCCGACUUGUCUUUUGCUGCUGCCUCUGUUGUCAGCAAAUUAGAAACUGAAGGCAGAGUCGCUCAGUUGCUGCUACCUCACCAGUCUAGCAUUACGGCAUUCAUACUGAGGUUUCUCAGGAGUCAGGAAGUGAAGCUUCAACAGCUUGGUAUUGUCACUGUGUGCAACCUCAAAAAAGGUGGAGUGUUUGAGAGUGUGACGUGUGGAAAGGAGCUGGAGAAUGAGCUUUUCAGACUACAGCAGCAGACAGAGCAAACCAGACAGCUACUGCAGAUGGUUGAUCUGCCAUCUGCUGGGCCAACAGACACCUGGGUACCAAAGAACAAACACUGA